GGCUGCGCCCGUUCAAGAAGGGAAAUAAAUGUUAGUGACGGCGGUGAGUCACGUGCACCGCUUCAUCUUGUUCGUUAACUAAACGGCUGGCUGAAACAGCGAUUCUGAACCCGUGGGUUGCGACCCAGAUUUGGGUCGCAGCGAGUGCUGAAAGGGUCACAAGGCAGAGUUGGAAAUGUGAGCGUUUUAAAACCAGCAAGCUCCUAUGCUGAUUCACGAUCAGAUUUCCCAGCCCCAAUCCUAGAAUAAACCUAUAUAAACGGGCCUUGGAUCUUCAAAACUAGUGAACACAACCAAUCCAAUGAGCUAAACCACAUACACUGAAUUCACUGCUACAUCCAAUCAGAUUUGUGCGAUAGUCAUUGAUUCGCGUAGAUUUCAGAGUCCCCUGCGUAUUUCAUCAUAGCGCGAAUUUAAACCUAUACCUGAUAUAGGGUCGCGCAAUGGUAAAAAUUGGGUCGUGGUGCAAAAAUGGCUGAAAACCACUGAACUAAAACCACAUUCCUCAAAUAGACGCUAAUUGGAAUUUUUUACUAAUUAUACAUUAUAUAUAGUUUUUAAUGGACAUAACAUGAUCUUGUGAGAGAAAUAUACCAGCAUAAGUGGUAUGUACCCCAGGUUAGCGUUUACUGAGUGUUUAGAUGUGAAAUGGCAGAUGCUUCAGUAAACUAGCUGAGAUUUUCCUAUCAGUACUGUAACUGUAUGUAAUCAGUGAGUCUCUAGUUAUUCGGGGAUGUCAAACUUUAAGGUGAAAUGAAGGAUAAGCGGUUUGGAAAAUGGAUGGAGUUAUUAAUACGCCCAUAGGUGAGUGACUGGUGUGUGAGUGUGCUCUGCGAUGGAGUGGUACCCCAUCUUGGGUUGUUCCCUGUCUUGUGGCUGUAACUUUCAGAUUAGGCUCCGGUCCCCUUACGACCCUGAAUAGAACAAGCGGGUGCAGAAGACGGAUGAAUUUGAAAAGUGAACAAGACCAACAGAAUUGGGAAAAUGAGCAAAGCUAACAGAAACACUUGACUGACCGACUGGCCAUUUCACAUUACAGGCUGAAGGAGCUGGUUGGAGUUUUUAUCUGGUUCUGUAUACCACACUCAACUUUAACUGCAAACCAGGAUUGCCGGACCACAGCGCAAAGUUGAGGGGUGGCGGGGAGCUCAAACUUACACACUGACAGUAUGGGAACCAGGGCGGCCAACACCCACUGUCUGUAAGCAGAUCAGACGGAUUAGUUAUGGAUCCAUCCAUUGGCUGUGUCACAUUUGGGCCGGGUUCAUGUGCUGUCCUUGCCGUGGGGUGUUCUGGUUCUCAGGUGGCUGCACGCUUUUGUGUCAAACGUAUCCUAGGUUAUAUCUCGGAAUGCUUUGGAAUGGCCUCGUUGCACUUUGAGGGCUUGGCCGAAGGACCUGAUGAUUAUCCAGAAUGAGCGAGUGUCUGUCCGGGUCCCAUGAAAACGACAUGAGAAGGUGAUUGAAAUAUGGAACUGCUCCCCAGGCAUGUCCCGCCACUUUUGUGUGUAACAGCUGUGACUGCAACUCUGCGAGGGGGGUGUCUCUCAAUUCGUUAGGAUUCAGUGCCUUCUGCAUCCCUACACCAGUGAUUAAAAGCAUCUCUUGGCAGUCAGAGCUGUCCCCGCCUUCUGCUUAAAAGCUUCCAGGCUGUCUGUGUUGGUGUCGAGAUCCUGAAGGCUAAAGUUGCAAUGAUGCAGCUGACGUGUGCCCCAGUAACUGUACUCAUCCGGUAGUGAUCCAAAAUGGUUCUUCUUUUUGAGCUUUUAUUCCCACUAUUUACAUAUGAAAAUAAGUAAAUCCACAGUAAACAGUUAAAAUCUGUCCAGUGAUUUGACCCAUUUUCGCAUUACACAACACAGGAAAAACUGUCAGGCAGCUGACACCCUCCUUGCCAAGUAUGCAUGUAACAUAUCUUGUAUCUAUAAAUCAGGAUGUUUGACUCACAUCACUAAAAGAAAUAUGAACCAGUUAUAGACAAGGCAGAGACUGAAAAACAGUCCUUUAAACUAGUCAAGUAAUAUUGAGGGAAAUAUCUAAGACCGGAACUGCUAAAAUCUGAUUGGGCAGCCUUGUAAAGCUAUUUGUACAAUUAAACAUGCCAAGAAACACAAUUUUCAGUUAAUUUUCAUUUACAGUUUGGUCCUUGUCUGCAAUUUGACCUGGACUUGCCUUUCCUGUUGUGUAUGAUUCUAUGUAAUUGAUGUACAGUCAUGUGGGAAAUAACUUUUUUUUUUAGCCAUUCUGUUGUAUAUUUCCUGGUGUGCUUGGGAUCAAUGUCCUGUUGCAUAACCCAAUUUCAGCCAUGCUUCAGUUGUUGGACAGAUGGCCUCAGAUUUGACUCUAUGAUAAUUUGUUAUACUGAGGAGUUCAUGGUCAACUCAAUGACUGCAAGUUGCCCAGGUCCUGUGACUGCAAAACAAGCCCAAAUCAUCACCUCUCCACCACCAUGCUUGACAGUUGGUAUGAGGUGUUUUUGCAGUGUUUGGUUUUUACCAAACGUGACACUGUGCAUUAUGGCCAGACAUCUCCACCUUGGUCUAGUCUGUUCAAAGGACAAUGUUCCAUUAGUCUUGUGAUUUGUUCAGAUGCAACUUUGCAAACCUUAGCUAUGCUGCCAUGUUCAUUUUAGAGAGAAGAGGCUUUCUCCUUCCAAACAAACCACACUUGUUCAGUCUUUUUGUAAUUGUACGGUUAUGAACUUUAACAUUUAACUUGCUAACUGAGGCCUGUAGAGUGUGAGAUGUAGCUCUUGGGUUUUUUGCAAUUUCUCUUAACGUUGCAGAACUUCUGGUUUUCUAGAGGUGGUCACAGUUGUUGAUGAUCAGUUAAUCAAGUGCAUUUGAUUAGCAACACCUGGGUGCUACUUACCCUCUUAAUUCCUAUUGAAGAAGUAUGGGUGUACUUAAUUUUUCACACACUGCUUCUGCAUUUUGGCUUAGUUUUUGUUAGAUAAAUAAUGACACAGUGUAAUAUGUCAUGUGUUGUUGUUUAUUAGAGGUUUUAAUCUUAAGACCUGCUAAAGAUGAUUUUUUUAUUUUGUCCUGAUAUGUAGACCUAAAACCUUAGAAAUUAAACAGGGUGUACUUUCUUUUUUCACAUGACUGGAGUUAUUAAGUACUACUAAGGGAAAUACCUAAGACUAUAAUUGCUAAAAUCUGAUCAGUCAGCCAUGUAAACUAUAUGAACAAUUAAACAUGCUAAGAAACAGUUUGCAGUUAAUUUUAAUGUACAGUUUGGUUCUUGUUUGCAGGACUUGCCUUUCAUGUUGUGUCAGAUUCUAUGUAAUUGAUGUAAACCUUGGAUGUCCGUGCUGGUUCCCAUGUCUCCCUUUAAUCAGAUUACAUAUUGUUUGAGAUAGUACUGGUGUAAUAGUAAUUGUUCUUUAUUCUUUUUCUUAUACCAGGGCAUGAAAUUCACAUCUAAAUCAGGUUGGACAACCUCUAUGGUUGCCUUUAAUCUCCAAAUUCUGGCUGCUUCUGAUUCUUAAAAUACCAACAUGGGGGUACCUUUCGCUCUAAUCCUGACCAAAGAAGAUUUCCACGUCAGGCUCAUUGAAGGAACUCAUAAUAGAACACCUGCCGAUUGAUCAACAGCGAGGGGGGGUGGUAGGGGGGGUCCUUUCACAGAUCCAUGGCUCACUCACACAUCCUCAGAUCCUACGUUCCCUGACCUGGUAUUCUAGCCAAGGCCUUCAAACGGGAUGCUGAUGAACACACUGUAAUCUGAAAACCAGGUCAGGAAAAAAAAGAAAGAUUGUAAAUCACCACCCUACCUCUGAUCAGCAUGUAGAGGGUAAAGGUCAGAGCUGUCGUUUUUUUUAUUCAGCAGUGCUGCUGUUACACCUAGAUUCACUCAAACACAAACAAUCUGACCACUGUCAUUGCAGCCCCAUGUUUCCGGAAGCCCCUGUGCUCUUUGGGAGCGCGUUCAGUGUUAAAAGCAGCCGUUACUGCUGCAUCAAGCUGCUGGCUGCCCCAUCCUUCCCUUUGCCUUCGGCCCACUUCUGCUCGCAGUGACCUGGACAAGUACAUGUGCCGUAGUCCCGGGAGAAGACUCCCUGCCAUGACCUUUAACCAGAACAGCUUGAGUAAAAUAUGCAAAGUAAUGAACGGUUUUAUAUGUCACUUAAUAUAAAAAGUGUCAGUUAAGCAGUGAAUUAUAGGGCCCUGUUUUGACUGCCUCCCUUGCACCUGGACAUCUGACUAAAUCAGACACUUAAUUUCUAUUUCUGUUUGCGUGGAGUAUUAGGCCAUUACGAGGUUGGCUCCUGGAACAUGGUAUGAAAGUCUUCUUUUAUUCUGUGGAGUUGUUUUGCAGCUUGUGGCUGUGCCAUGAGGUGUAGUGCCUCUGCCCCAACAUCAGAGGGCGCUGUUCUCAUUUUCCUGUGAAGGAGACCUUCAGAUGCCUCUUAUAAUAUAGGCCAGAAUGUUCGCACUGUUUUAUCUCCCUUUUACAGUGCUCACAGUAUGCAUUUUGUCUCGCCAGUUGCUCUUCACUCUGCCAUCGCCCUUCCUUGGUCCGCCACACUGUUUCUGGGUCAGCCUCUGUCCCUCAGAGAGAGACUGAUCUGAAAAUGAGUGAGAGAGCGAGAGAGAGCGAGGGGGGGAGAGAGCAAGUGGCAGAGUGUACAAGAGAGAGGGGGAGGUAUUUAUAGAAAAUUGGGGCUUCACAGCACCUUUUCCAGUGAAAGAAUUAUUAAAGAUCCCAGCUAGUGUGUCCCAGUUUUUCUGAUUAGAACUCAAAAGGACAUAACUGGACAAACUCUGGUGAGAUGUAGAACGCGCCCUGUUACGUUCCUGUUCCGCCUCAGCCGCCCCCCGCUCUCUGCUGCUCUUUUCCGAUUCGAGAGUGGGAUCCUUCUCCGAGCACGUCCUCAGCGAUGUGACGCUGUGGUCUGCCGGCUCCUGCCGUGCCGCUGGCGGGGAGGGAGGGGGAUUCUCGCUGGAUACGGAGACGGGCGCCUGGGCCCUGGCUUCAGCCAGUCAAGAUGAUGAAGAAGUUUCUGAGGAGCAGGAAGGGGAGAUUCUCCCUGCGACAGAGCCGCUCAGGAUCACGCUCUGCCUCCAAAGAUUUCUUCCUGACGAUGCCGGCCUCCAACCAGGGCUGGCCGGAAGACUUCGGCUUUCGGGUGGGGGGCAGUGGGCCCAGCUACAUCCUGUCGGUGGACGAGGGCAGCAGUGCCCACCAUGCCGGGCUGCAGCCCGGCGACCAAGUGCUGGAGAUCGAGGGGCAGAACGUCUCCUCGCUGGGGAAGGAUGCACUGGUCACCCUGGCCAAGACCCAGAAGAACAUCCCCCCCAGCAUCGGCGUGGUGUCCCGAAUUCAGCAGAUGGAUAUUCCUCCUGGGCCAGACGGUCGAUUUGGGUUCACUAUCGUGGGGGACUGCCCCCUGGUGGUGGAGGACUGCCUGUUCAACUCCCCCGCGGAGCGUAGUGGGCUGCGGGCAGGUGAUUACGUGAUGGAGGUGAACGGCAUCCCUGUGAGGCAACACGAAACGGCGGCGGCCAUGAUUAAGGCGUCGCAGGGCUGCACGCUGCGCCUGGGCGUCCUGCGGCAGGGCCGCCGCUUGAAGCGCAUGACCAGCAGCCUGAAGGAGCCCAGCGUCCUGCAGAGCAGCGACAGUGUGCGUCAGGACCGAAAGAACAAGGCUCUGGAAUUCAACAUGAAGGUUGAGGAGGUCCUGAAGGAUGACCCGGAUGUGAAGGAGCAUCUGUUUGCUGUGCUGAAGGACUACGCCGCCGAGAGGAAUAUGGAGACCCUGGCGGCAGCCCUGCCCGACAUCCUGAUCAGCGCAGAGCAUCAGCAACUGAUAGACAGCGUCAGGUACCCCGCCCAGCAUUCCAGCCAACUGGGGGACCAAAAUGCACCUGUAACCCCCCACCACCUGCCUGUUUGCCGUUCAGCUUUCUUGGAGAGGAUCGUCAAUCAAGACCACGCUGACGUGCCUUUGGAGCGGAUUCCCUCGGGGGCGUACGUGAAGAAGAGGGGCUGGUGCUCUCACUCUUCUUUCCCUCCUCUUGCUCUCCUGCACUCACCACACCUGAGAGCCCGGGAGGAACGGGCUCCCAGCAGCACCUACGACCGCAAGCGGCCCUGGAGCGCGAGCUUGCUGAGGAGGAAGGGGCGGUGCCCCCCCCCCACACCUCAUCCUGUCACCCUCGCAGGGAGCCCCGCAGAGAAGGCAGGCCUCAAACCCGGGGAUCGUAUCCUGUUUCUCAACGGACUGGACAUGAGGUGCUGCUCCCAUGAGAAGGUGGUCUCCAUGCUACAGGGUAGUGGGGCCAUGCCCACCCUGGUGGUGGAAGAUGGGCCAUCAGGCCCCCCCCUGGCACCCCUGGAGCCUGAGCUGGGGGUACCUGGCUCCCCGGGGUCUCGAUCUCCUGAGCUCCGAUCACUGCACUGGGUCACAGAGAUCCUGCCCCCCAGCAUCCGUGUCCACGGCCGCACCUUCGGCCAGCAGCUGGAGCACCUGCUCACGCACCAGGAGCGCUACACCAUCUGCAAGGCGCUGGAGCUUUUCUUCCAGCAGAGAAACGUGGACACACUCAUCGUGGACGUCUUUCCUGUACUGGACACACCUGCCAAGCAGGUCCUCUGGCAGUUCAUCUACCAGCUACUGACCUACGAAGAGCAGGAGCAGUGUCAGCAGAAGAUGGCUCGUUUCCUGGGCUUCCGCACGCAACCUGCAGCUGCCCCCGCCGAGCCGGAACCUGCCCCUGAGACACACCGGCGUAGCAGCUCCAUGCGUGUGACGGGCACGGCGUACCGGAGCAGCGUGAGAGGCCGCAGCUCUGACGACCUCAUCAUAGGCACCAACCUGGGCAUGGGUCUGCCUGCAGCAUGUCUGAACUCCGCUCCCAGGACCCAUAACGAACCCAUGGAGGUGGGCAUGCGGCUCGCCCCCGGGGAGCGGCAGUCUGGAGACGGGACGUCCCUUCCUGAGACUCCCAACCUGAACAAUCUGUCCACCGUCUACACUGAACUGGAGGUGGGGAACGUGUACUCGGGCGGGAAGGCCUCCAGGUCCCUGAAGAGUCGCUCCUCGCCCCUCCCAGAGCCCGUGGUGGAGCCCGACGCCAUUGGCCACACCCACUCCCCCUCCAUGCAUGGAGGAGGCAGUCGGAAAUCAGCGCCCUCCCUGUCCUGGAGGGAGCAGCUGCCCAGUGCCGCAUGCCAGUGCUACCCCGCGGGCGUGCCCGGCCAGGCCGGCGCCGAAUCCAACCCGUACAUGAGCCUGGACAGUCCCCUGCCGUCACCACCGCCUGUCGACUACCCCCCCACGCCCCCGACCCACCGCGGGAACCUCUUCACCUUCUCGCCCCCACCCCACACACAGGACACUGACAAGUUCCUGGAUGCGUUGAACGAGCAGCUCGGCCACCGUGUCACUGCGGUGGACGACUUCCUCACUCCAGACAACGACUACGAGGAGGCAUCCAUGCAGCUGGGCUUCCAGGAGGAGGAGGACGACGGUGGCUUCCUGCCGCAGGAUGCGAGCAGCCCCAGCGAGCUGCACAGCAGCAGCGACGACGCUAGUUCGCUCACCUACUCCUCCAGCUCUGAGCAGAUCCCACCCCCUCCCCAGAGUCCGCCGCCACCCCCGCCCGUGCAGUUCAACGACCCGCCCCUGCCGGACGAGCUCUCCCCGGAGCGUGCCCCCCGGGGACCGUCGCCCUUCCGGCGCCACGCAGUGCCCCCUCCGCCUCCCCCGCCACGCGGCAUCCUGCCCAACCGCCAGUCGCUGCACAAGGUGCUGCCCACACGGGAGGAGCUGCAGGCCCAGCACAUGCACCCCAGCCACCAGUCGCUGCCGCUCAUCCUGUCCCCAGAGACCACUCUCCUGCUGCAGCAGGUGCAGAUCCGGUCGCAGCCCCACUCACUGCCGCACUCGUCCCCGCAGCCCAUCCUGUCCUCCUUCCAGCCGCAGCAGCAUCUAGUCCACCAGGCCCAACCCCCUCAGCCCAUCUACCAAUCGCAGUCGCACGGCCCGCAACCUACCUACCAAUCAGUGGAGCAUUCCAUCCGCCAGUCUCCUAAUCUGACGUACCAGUCACCGCCCCCUAAGCCUGUGUACCAAUCGCAUCAGCAUUCUGCCCACCAGGCACCGCCCCAUCCCCUAUCCUUCCAAUCACCUCCUCCAAGGCCUCCCUACCAAUCGCAGCAACAUCUCGCCCACCAGGCCCAGUCCUCUCAGCUAACCUACCCGUCACCUCCCCCUAAGACUCCCUACCAAUCACAGCAGCAUCCCGCCCACCAGGCCCAGCCCCCUCGGCAUAGCCCUGUCCCAUCACACCAUUCAGGCCAAUCACACACAGUGCCCCCGCCCCCUCCCCCUCUGCCCCCGCCAUGUGAGCCUCCCCCUCUGCCCCCGUCCACGCUCCAGCGUGCAGACUCCAGCCAGAUGAACGUGAAGCGCCUCCGAUGGGAGCAGGUGGAGAACUCGGAGGGCACCAUCUGGGGUCAGCUCGGCGCCGACUCUGAUUUUGACAAGCUGAGUGACAUGGUGAAAUACCUCGAUUUGGAGCUGCACUUUGGGACCCAGAAGAGCCCCAUCUCUGUUCCAGAACUGAUCCUGCAGUCUGAAUCCUUCAAGAAGAGGGACGUGAUUGAGAUCCUGUCACACAAGAAGGCCUACAACGCCUCCAUCCUGAUCGCCCACCUGAAGCUGUCCCCCGCUGAGCUGCGGCACGUGCUGAUGACCAUGGCCACAGAGCGCCUGGAGCCUGCACACAUCAAGCAGCUGCUGCUGUACGCGCCGGACGACGACGAGGCCCAGCAGUAUGAGCGGUACCGGGACAAGCCGGCCAAGCUCAGCGAGCCCGACCAGUUUGUGCUGGAGAUGCUUUCCGUUCCUGACUACAAGACCCGUCUGAGGAGUCUCCUCUUUAAGACCACGCUCCAGGAGAAAACCGAGGAGAUGAAGGUUGGCUAUGAGUGCAUCUACAAAGCCUCCCUGGAGCUCAGGAGCAGCAAGAAGCUAGCCAAGAUCCUGGAGUUUGUCCUGGCUAUGGGGAACUACCUGAACAAUGGGCAGCCCAAGACCAGCAAACCCACUGGAUUUAAGAUCAAUUUUCUGACUGAGCUCAGCACCACGAAGACGGUGGACGGCAAGUGGACUUUCCUGCACGUCCUCGCCAAAUCGUUAAGCCAGCACUUUCCGGAAUUACUGGGCUUUGCCAAGGACCUUCCCACCGUGUCCCUCGCUGCCAAAGUUAAUCAGAGAACAAUCACUGCGGACCUUAACGAUCUUCACAGCACCGUCCAGGACAUCCGGACUGCCUGCCAGAAAAUGCCCAUCACGGCAGAUGACCGAUUUGCAGCCAUCAUGAGUAGCUUCCUGGAGAACAGUCACCCGGCGGUGCAGUCGCUGGAGUCGCUGCAGCAGAGAGCCAUGCUGGAGUUCAGCAAGGUGGCCUCCUUCUUCGGGGAGGACAGUAAGGCCACCACGACCGAGGCCUUCUUCGCCAUCUUCUCCGAAUUCAUGUCCAAGUUCGAGAGGGCCCUCGCCGACAUCCAAUGCUUAGAGAACGCACGGAGCCCACGUGUGGCCUCGCCACAGGCCUGGUGAGGACGGCCCCGGCCACCAGCAGGAGGUGACGUCAGGCGGACGGACAGACCCUCUGUGCAGCGGAGAGGGACACGACUCCCCCUGCUGGCCUCAGACCCUGCACAUGACUUCAGAUGAAGUGUUCUGUAUGUACUGGGAAGACCAUUUUAUAAACGCCAUCAGAACAUUAUACAACAGUGACCGGAUGAUUAAUCUUCCUGUGGACCUUGAACAGUAACAGAAGGCUUUUUUAUUCUAAUAUGAUUCCAGUUUUCAAUAUUAUUUAACGUUCUGAAUCACUGUAGCACACGUUCUGCGUUUCUUUCUUUUUUUUUAAACCGUGCUGCAGAUGACUUGGUACCGUUAAGUGUAAAUGUAAAUAUAAAUGUAGAUAAUACCUGUAAAUUUUAAUAUAAUCGUGCAGUUUUAGUUGCCAUGACGAGGUGCCGUUAGGACAGCGUGAGCUGGUUCUCCGGCAGAAACGGUCUUGCACAAACAGCACCUCGGGUCACGACGAUGCUCUGGGACGAUGAGCUGUCACAGCGGUGAUCUUCCUGAAGAAAGGUGGCCGUGGACAGCACUGGGGUGAUGCCUAACAUUCUCACUCUCGCUGUUCCCGAUUGGGCUCACCAGAUGGGAUGGGGGAGGGGGACGGGCGUCUCUUCAGACUGUUUCUAAGACCUGUUGUCUCGCUUUGGGACCUCCCUGGGUGAGACAGUGUGCUCCCCAUGAUUAGCAUGACCCCGGUCUGCCUCGCAAGAGUCCCCGCCUGUCCUUAACAGUGCACCAGUGUCCCGUAGGCGCACCCUAGUGGCACUUCACUCUCCUCUGCAGCCACCACACAUACACACUGUUUAUAUUCCGCGAUCUCAUAUGUGGACGGUAGGAAAGCAGCGUCUUCACAAAUCAGACCUGCUAGUCACUCUGACCGCAGCCCGUCCUGUGAAUGGGCUUUCGGGGUCAUAUGCGAAGAUACGUCAUUUUCUGAUCUGCAUGUUUAGGUAUUUAUCAACAGGCUGGAUUUCAUGGCCCCCUCGCACCCAGGACAGGCAGGGUACCAAGCUCAUGGCUGUAGUACAGCCGCUCGCUGUUUUGAUGUCUGGGUAAUAUCAGGCUCAGUGCUCUGUGUGUGAGAGCUGCCUGCUCUGGGCCCCCGUGUCACACGUCACACUGAUAGUGUCCGACCACCGAGGACACCGUGUGGCCGUCAGGGUGUACUGCUUCCCUGUACUACACCCCCGGGCCCCGUGAAGCCCCUCUGCAGCCAGCGUGUGCCUGGGAUUUACACACUAACAGUUCAUCUUUACUAUCCUGGUUAUAAUAUAAAUAUGCUACUUUGUAAACGGGUUAGUUUCCUUUGUUACGUUAAACCUUAAGUAAGUUUGUCCUCCAGUUAUACACAACCGGUUAGCUUAACCUGCCGAGAGCAACCAGUCCCCGCUCGGUCAUUAUCAGCAGAUCCGAGACCCAUGGACGAUUUCUGGACACGGAGCAUGUUCCGUCUCUCUCUUGGCAGCAAGAUGACGCUUCUGCUUGCCGAUUCCGCCCUGUUUUAGUGGUUGUGGUAAAUCCUUUGGGAUGCGGACGUACAUGCAUGUGUAGGAAGUGGCUUUUUAGGGUGCUUACUUAUUAUAAUAAUGCUAUUGUUUUUAGGCUACUAUUUGUCUGAGGAAUGGCCUGUUAAUCUCAAUGCUAAAUGCGUGAUGGUUCAUAUAAUUAUCUGUUUGCAUAUGAAGAAGGCAUUUGGAUUCUCUGAUCACUCCAUCCAUCUGUGUCGGUGAUGACCGCCUCCCAUUCCUGCGUAUACACCAUCUCUAAUCUCAUGUGGCCUAGAAUAAAAUGUUUAUUUUCCUCUCUUUAGUUUAAAAACUGUACAUAUAUGUUUAAAUGCUGGGCUCAAAAUAAAAGUUGGUGUGCAAUGCA